UUCAGAGCCAACUAGAUCAUCAGUUAAUGAGAGACAAUUCCAGAAGAUUAAAUUAUUAUUUUAAUGUGAAAUGUUCAAAAAAGUAGUAUCAAGUUGAUUUUUUGAUUAUUAAAUUUAAAAAUUAAAAUAGAAGUUAGAAUAGUAUUCACAAUUAUUAAAGUUGCACUAGCAAUUUCAAACAACAAGAAAGUGAAGAACGGAACGGAGGAACAGAAACAUACAGAGACAGACAUAGCACAGAGUCUAUAAAGAAAAAAAUUAAGUAAAAGUAAACAGCAUCAGUCACCAAGUCAGAUUACAGUAACUUAAAAACAUUGAAUACAGGGCAAAAAUUCGUUAUUUCAAUUUUAAUUCACAUUAUCUACAAUAAGUAUUUUGGAUAAUUUACAACAGUUACUGGAAAAUCUUGCUUUCAAGCUUGAGAUCUACAUUUGAAUGACCAGUUCUAGAGCCAAUUGACUAGACGAUCAUGUAUCGUUGCGUCCUUUUGAAUGAAGCUGCCGCUAGAAAGCCAGGCGCUUGCAAACAUGCGAGCCGAGUUUGUCAGAAGCCCUCGCUAGAUGGCUUCCAGUAUUGCCAGAAGCAUAUUUUUGAUGAUAUAAAUGCUCCUUUCAAAGUUUGCGGCUAUGUUUAUCCGAUAAAUGGCAAAAAAUGUACGCAGCCUGCCCCCAAAGGCGAUAGAAAGGAAGGAGGAUUCUGUGCAAUACAUGCUAAAAAAUCGCAGUUACUGCGACAGAAAGCAGGAGGACGACAUUGCCCACCUCAGACAAUAGAGAAUCUGCUUUCAUCCCUGGCACAUUAUGCUCCUAGCUCGUCAACUGAACUUCCCGGCGAAGAGGAGAGUGAUAACAAUGUACAAUGUGUCAAAAAUCCUUUCGUUGGAAUUGAUGCGAAUAAAGUGAACUCGUGCGGCAAUCGAAUCUUGGACUACGUGAGUGAGUCGGACUCGGACGUGGAGCCGACCACGUUGGACAGUGUCUGGAAGGAUGCCGAUCGCGACUCUUCCGAUGCUGAGAGCAUCGACAGUCACGAGGAAGAUCCUCUCAAACAUGCAGGAGUGUAUACAGCAGAGGAAGUGGCUGGUAUCACGAGAGAGAAACUCAUUCGAUUAAAAGCUCUGUACGUUGAACAACUGAAGCGCCUUCAUCAUAUAUUGAAAGAGAAGAAACGAAAAUAUCAUUACAAUUUGUUGAAAGAAAAAGAAACACUCGCAAGCAUACAUAGUCAGAGCAAAACAUCUCCAAAGGAACUCAAACUCUAUGAAAAAUUGAAAGCUCUCAAUCGAUUCCAUAAGCACAGUGGGCUUGAAGCGGUCAUGCAUCAUAAAAUCAAAGAAAAAAGGAAUCAGGCAAAGAAAAUGAGAAAAUUCAAAAGAUCUCGUCUACUGGAUCCGACGAGUGAGGUGACUGCGGCUCCAACAGUGAAAUGCACUUUCUCCAUUGGUGGUGUCAAGUGUGGACUCAAGACAUUGCCUUCGUCCAAGUUUUGUCGAAAACACAUCCUUCAUGAUCCUCAUCAAGUUCUUUUCCGACAAUGCGGGUGCGAGAGAGCGGAGGUGGUGUGUCAAGAGCCAACGCUGGAUGUGUUCGAAAAAGCCAGCUGCAUGCUUCAUGUCACUAUUCCGCCGCUUCCCCAAUUCAACUUUAAACCUGAGAAGGAGCAACCAGAUAAUGUUGCCGAUGUGAAAACAGAAGUAAAAAUGGAGACCACAGCUGAACCGGAACUUGUAGCCGUACAAGAACCUCCAACAUCUGUACAGGAACCUAUAACAGCCGUACAUGAAUCUAUAACAGCCGUACAACAACCUAUAACAGCCGUACAACAACCUAUAACAGCCGUAGAAGAACUUAUAACUGCCGUACAAGAACCUACAACAGCUGUAGAAGAACCUACAACAACCGUAGAAGAACCUACAACAACUGUACAAGAAGCUAUAACAGCCUUACAAGAAACUCCAGUAACACCUUGUUCGGCUGAAAUAUGUGUGGCCGAGAUCCACACCGCUCCAGCGUGUGAUGGGAAGGUGGAUCUGUCAAGUGGUGACAUCAGAAAUGAAGGACCAGCUUUGGAGCCGGAUAUGUCGGCUGCUAACGACGUCGUUAUGGAUGACAUCAUGGCUAAUGUAGACGUUGUCGAAGAAGUGAUCAUGUCAGAGUCAGAAGUUGACAAAUCAGCAAAUGACAGCGUUGCUAUACCGCUCGCUCCAGAAAUGCCAUAGAAUAGUUUGUUCGAAACCAAUAGUAUUUGUGAGUAAUAUUUUUGAAUAAUUUAUUAUUUGAAAGAUUCAUGUAGAAAGGAGAGCAUGGUGAAAUGAAUGAACGAAUAAAAUACAAGAAAACUUUCUAUUUUAAUUAGUUUAUUAAAAUGAUAUACAGUAUUUAAUUUGUUUAUCGGAGUUACCAAUUCUCAAUAACCUAAUUUUGUGCUCAAAUAUCCCCAUCUCAUUUUCAUUUUUGUUAACAGCUUUUCUGUCCUUGAUACUACUCAUCAUUGCCCAAGUGAAUACAGCAGUUUCCAUCUGCUUAAGGAUUGAUGAAGUUGUCUCUGUAUAGUAUUUAGUGACGCUUUCUAGUUGACUUCUUGAUUAGUUUGAAGUUUUGCAAUAAUUUUGUAUAGCUAUUUGAUUUUCAUUCUUUGAAACAAUUUUUGGAAUAUAGGCCUAUAACGAAGAAAUUCUUUCUUGUAAUAUUGAUGAGUUGAAUGCGUUUACUUUUGAAUUUACGACUUGAGCUGAUAACUCUUAUUCCUAUUUUUCAUUCAAAUCUCAAUUUGAAAAUCUAGUAACAUCUAUUAUUCUUGUUUAUAUAAUAGAAAUAGAACAUUUUGUAUUUACUGGAUGGUUCAUUGAUAUAAUUUGAAUAAAUUAUCUUUAUUUCCAAGGACA